CACGGCAUCCACGUCGAGGACCUCGAGGGCCGGAAAUACAUGGACUUCCACGGCAACUCCGUGCACCAGGUCGGCUUCGGCAACCCGAAGGUCACGCAGGCCAUCAAGGACCAGCUCGACGAGCUGCCCUUCUGCACGCGGCGCUACACGAACAAGACGGCCGUCAAGCUCGCGAAGACGCUGACGGAGAAGGCGCCGGACCCCCUGAGCCGCGUGCUCUUCGCGCCGGGCGGCACGUCCGCGAUCGGCAUGGCGCUGAAGCUCGCGCGCUACGCGACGGGCCGCCACAAGACGCUGUCCAUGUGGGACUCGUUCCACGGCGCGUCCCUGGACUGCAUCUCCGUCGGCGGCGAGCAGGUCUUCCGCGGGAACGUGGGGCCGCUCAUGCCCGGCGCGCAGCACGUCCCCCCUCCCGACGAGUACCGCUGCGAGGAGAGCGGCUUCCCGGACGCCAUGGCCUCGGCGAAGUACAUCGACUACAUCCUGGAGAAGGAGGGCGACAUCGCCUGCGUCGUCGCCGAGCCCGUGCGCUGGACGCCCUACGUGCCGCCGCCGGGCUACUGGCGGGCCGUGCGCGCGUCGUGCGACAAGCACGGCGCGCUCCUCAUCUUCGACGAGAUCCCCAACUCGCUGGGCCGCACGGGCACGUUCUUCACCUUCGAGAAGUUCGGCGUCGUGCCGGACAUGGUCGUCGUCGGCAAGGGCCUCGGCGGCGGCGUCAUGCCCAUCGCGGCGCUCAUCGCGGCGGAGAAGCUGAACGAGAGCUGCCGGCGCGUCGCGCUAGGGCACUACACGCACGAGAAGUCGCCCGUCGCCUGCGCGGCGGCCCAGGCGACCAUCGACUUCAUCGACGACGAGGACCUCAUGGCCAACGCCGAGGCGCUCGGCGCGUACUCCCUGGAGCGGAUGCGCGCGCUGAUGGGCAAGCACGAGCUGAUCGGCGACGUCCGCGGCAUCGGGCUCCUGCUGGGCAUCGAGCUCGUCACGGACCGGGCGACC